CUUCCCGGAAAACAAUGGCCAAAAUUUCCUCCACUCUCUCACUUCCUCCAUCGCUUCUCCAUUCCAUCUUCCUCAUUCUCCUCCUCGGCGCCAUCUCCAAAUCUCACUCUGCAACACUCCUCAACGUUCUGGACUUCGGCGGCCGCCACACCGGCGACUGGACCGUGCCGUUCCGCCGUGCGUGGGCGGCGGCGUGCUCGUCGUCUGAAUCCGCCAUUGUUUACAUUCCCAAGGGGCGGUACGUGGUCCGGCCGACGAUAUUCCACGGAGGCGGCUGUGAGAAUGGCGACAUCAGUUUCCACAUCGACGGAGCGCUGGUGGCGCCGGCCGACUACCGGAUCCUUGGCGGAGGGGAGAGCUGGCUGAGCUUCGAAGGCGUCGAUGGCAUCUCAGUGAGCGGCGGAGUUCUCGACGCCAAUGGCGCCGCCUUGUGGGCCUGCAAAUCCUCCGCCGCCGCUCACUGCCCCGUCGGAGCCAUGACACUAAGUUUUCGAAACUCGGACAACAUAAGAAUUAAAGGGUUGGUGUCGAGAAACAGCCAAUUGUUCCAUAUAUUGAUUGAUGGAUGCAGAAAUGUGUUAAUAGAAGGAGUGAAUAUAAUUGCACCAGGAAAUAGUCCCAACACCGAYGGCAUCCACGUGGAAUCAUCCUCACACGUGACCAUCCUUCAUUCUUUCAUCCAAACAGGAGACGAUUGCAUAUCCAUUGGCCCUGGGUCCCGCAACCUCUGGAUUCAAGGCAUCAGAUGUGGUCCUGGUCAUGGCAUUAGCAUAGGAAGCUUAGCACAUAGCAUGAAUGAGGCCGGGGUGGGAAACGUCACCGUUUCAGAUGCAAUUUUCUCGGGCACCGAAAAUGGGCUGAGAAUAAAAACAUGGGCCCGGCCCAGCUCUGGAUUUGUGUACGGAGUCCAAUUCCUCGGCGCCACUAUGCAUAAUGUCCAAAACCCCAUCGUCAUUGACCAACACUACUGCCCGCACAACAUAGACUGCCCCGGUCAGGAAUCGGGUAUCAAGAUAAGCAAUGUAAUAUAUAAAGACAUUAUAGGAACUUCAGCAACACCAAUUGCCAUAAAAUUUGAUUGCAGUUCAAAGAACCCUUGCAAUGGAAUAAGGUUGGAGAAUGUUCGUUUGACGUACCAAAAUGAAGAAGCUAAAUCAUCUUGUGAAUAUGUCAAGGGAAAAACGUUGGGUUUAGUUCUACCAGAUGACUGCUUUUCAUAAGCAUCCUUGAUUUUGUUAUUUUGAUAGAACCUUCGUCAAGACUUCAGUGACAUCCCGACGCUUGAGAAGAAAAAAGAUAAUAUGAUUUAUUAGGGUCAUUUGUUAAUGUUUCUCUCCCGCUUUUUGUUUGUUCUUUUCAGUUUUUUAAAAAGGUAAGUGUUUGGUGGUCAACUAUUCUAUCUUUUUUGUUCUUUUUUUUAAUUUUAUUUUAAGUAGGGUUACCAAAAUUGUAUACACA